AUUUUAACAAAUGAGGUAUUUUGGAAAUUCUCAAUUUUUGAAAUUCUCGAUUUUUUGAAACUCGUUUGAAAGAUAGUUAACUAGCUAACCGUUAUAAUAAGUAGAAAAAGGUAUUAAAAAACGCCCAAUUAAGAAGUUCAUCAUCAACCGUCAAAGCAAUUCAAAGCGAGAAGGGAGACGGCAUCAUUGGACGUUAUACCCAACCCAGCCCCGCCCUAAUCCACCUCCCACCCAACAAGCAAUCCCUCCCUAAUUACCCCCAGCCCCCACCCAUCCGUAAUUCAAUUGAGAAUCAUCCCGGUAUAUUGUUGUACUGUUGCACUGAUAUAUGUAUAAGCUAGCAGAGGAUCUUGUUAAUUGCCAGCGCCUCAAGAUUCAGCCAUUUGGUAUAAGCUAUCAUCAGAGGAUGACAUCGACACAACUGCAACAGUCAAUGGCUGGACCGGUUGCACCGAAACUAACCCUGGCACCCGCACAGGCAACGCAGCCGGCUGUGGCCAUGCCCGCGGUGGCCGUGGAGGCGCCACCGGCGGAGCCCAUCUAUGGCACUGUGAUACCCAAUCGCGUCUUUGUCGGCGGCAUUAGCCGCGACACAACCGAGUCGGAUCUGAUGAUCGCAUUCAGUGCCUAUGGGACGGUGCGCAGCACCAAGAUCAUUGUGGAUCAGGAUGGCUUCAACAAGGGCUACGGCUUCGUCACCUUCGAGACGGAGGAGGAGGCGCAGCGCCUCCAGUCGGUUGGCAAGUGCGUCAUCUUGCGCAAUCGUCGCCUGAACAUUGCACCGGCCUUCAAGAAGCAGCCGAUCCGCCCCAAGCUGCAGCCGAUCAUCGAGACAAACGGCACCGUUUACUUCACCACACAGCCGCCGCCACCGCCGCCGCCGACGGUGAACACAAUACCCAUCGAGCAAUAUGCCACCGCCACAUACGGUCCGGCUGCCUCAGUUGCCGAAUACACGACCGCCCCCAUGCCCACCAUAUAUCAGCAGGCGCCGGCCGGCGUCCAGUACCAGCCAGUCUACCAAUACUAUAGUGUGCCGGUUAAUGUGCCAGCCGUUUGGCCCCAGAACUAUUAUCACGAUCCGCAGGCAUCCAAUUCGCAGACAUCGAUACCGCAGCAGACCGCCUGGGAGUUCGAUGGAACCAACAGCAGCAGCUGGCGCUCAACCUAGUCAAAUGUGGCGUGCAUGCUAUUUCUCUACUCCUCGUGCAAUACAAAACCAACAACUGGAUUCAAUAAAAUGGAAGUAAAUGAAACAAACAGAAGAAGACGAUGAUGAAGAAGAAGCAGAAGCAGACAUAAUACCCAUGCCAGAAUAAACGGCGAACACUUGAAGAUGAGCGACUAACAACGAAGAACGAAUACACUACAAAAAGAUACCGACAGCAGCUGCGCAACUGUGUCGUUAGGCACAUAUGUGUAUAUAUAUAUAUUUAUCUGUGUAUAUAUAUAUAUAUAUAUGUAUAUAUAUGUAUAGUGAGGUUAGAAUAUUUAGGCGCAAUCGGGGUCAAAUCGAACAGAUAUAUGGUCAGAAUAGACUCAAGAUUCCGCAGAUAUUGAAGCAACACAGAUAAACAGAUACACACACAGACAUGUAUAUACACUCACAUAAUCACACACACACAGGCACACA